AUGACUUGGCAGCAGCCUUUAGCAAAAGUCAACUCGGUAAGGGGUGGGAGAGGAAGAGGCCCAUGGGCAGUGGGGAAAUGGGAAAGUGGGCAGGGCAGUGGGCAGGGCAGUGGGCAGUGGGCAGGGCAGUGGGCAGUGGGCAGGGCAGUGGGCAGUGGGCAGGGCAGUGGGCAGUGGGCAGGGCAGUGGGCAGUGGGCAGGGCAGUGGGCAGUGGGCAGGGCAGUGGGCAGUGGGCAGGGCAGUGGGCAGUGGGCAGGGCAGUGGGCAGUGGGCAGGGCAGUGGGCAGUGGGCAGUGGGCAGGGCAGUGGGCAGUGGGCAGUGGCAGUGGGCAGUGCAGGCAGGGGCAGGGGCAGGGGCAGGGGGCAGUGGGCAGGGCAGUGGCAGUGGCAGGGCAGUGGGCAGUGGGCAGGGCAGUGGGCAGUGCAGUGGGCAGGGCAGUGGGCAGGGCAGUGGCAGUGCAGUGGGCAGGGCAAGUGGGCAGUGGGCAGGGCAGUGGGCAGGGCAGUGGGCAGUGGGCAGGCAGUGGGCAGGGCAGUGGGCAGUGGGCAGGGCAGUGGGCAGUGGGCAGGGCAGUGGGCAGUGGCAGGGCAGUGGGCAGGUGGGCAGGGCAGUGGGCAGUGGGCAGGGGCAGUGGGCAGGGCAGUGGGGCAGUGGGCAGGGCAAGUGGGCAGUGGGCAGGGCAGUGGCAGGGCAGUGGGCAGGGCAGUCGCAGUGGGCAGUGCAGUGGGCAGGGCAGUGGGCAGGGCAGUGGGCAGGGCAGUGGGGCAGGGCAGUGGGCAGGGCAGUGGGCAGUGGGCAGUGGCAGUGGGCAGUGGGCAGUGGCAUGUGGCAGUGGGCAGGGCAGUGGGCAGUGGGCAGGGCAGUGGGCAGUGGGCAGGGCAGUGGGCAGUGGGCAGGGCAGUGGGCAGUGGGCAGGGCAGUGGGCAGUGCAGUGGGCAGGGCAGUGGGCAGGGCAGUGGGCAGUGCAGUGGGCAGGGCAGUGGGCAGGGCAGUGGGCAGUGCAGUGGGCAGGGCAGUGGGCAGGGCAGUGGGCAGGGCAGUGGGCAGGGCAGUGGGCAGGGCAGUGGGCAGUGCAGUGGGCAGGGCAGUGGGCAGGGCAGUGGGCAGGGCAGUGGGCAGGGCAGUGGGCAGUGCAGUGGGCAGGGCAGUGGGCAGGGCAGUGGGCAGGGCAGUGGGCAGUGCAGUGGGCAGGGCAGUGGGCAGGGCAGUGGGCAGGGCAGUGGGCAGGGCAGUGGGCAGUGCAGUGGGCAGGGCAGUGGGCAGGGCAGUGGGCAGGGCAGUGGGCAGGGCAGUGGGCAGGGCAGUGGGCAGGGCAGUGGGCAGGGCAGUGGGCAGGGCAGUGGGCAGGGCAGUGGGCAGUGCAGUGGGCAGGGCAGUGGGCAGGGCAGUGGGCAGGGCAGUGGGCAGGGCAGUGGGCAGGGCAGUGGGCAGGGCAGUGGGCAGGGCAGUGGGCAGUGCAGUGGGCAGGGCAGUGGGCAGGGCAGUGGGCAGUGCAGUGGGCAGGGCAGUGGGCAGGGCAGUGGGCAGUGCAGUGGGCAGGGCAGUGGGCAGGGCAGUGGGCAGGGCAGUGGCAGGGCAGUGGGCAGGGCAGUGGGCAGUGCAGUGGGCAGGGCAGUGGGCAGGGCAGUGGGCAGGGCAGUGGGCAGGGCAGUGGGCAGGGCAGUGGGCAGUGCAGUGGGCAGGGCAGUGGGCAGGGCAGUGGGCAGGGCAGUGGGCAGUGCAGUGGGCAGGGCAGUGGGCAGGGCAGUGGGCAGGGCAGUGGGCAGGGCAGUGGGCAGGGCAGUGGGCAGGGCAGUGGGCAGGGCAGUGGGCAGGGCAGUGGGCAGGGCAGUGGGCAGGGCAGUGGGCAGGGCAGUGGGCAGGGCAGUGGGCAGGGCAGUGGGCAGGGCAGUGGGCAGGGCAGUGGGCAGGGCAGUGGGCAGGGCAGUGGGCAGGGCAGUGGGCAGGGCAGUGGGCAGGGCAGUGGGCAGGGCAGUGGGCAGGGCAGUGGGCAGUGGGCAGGGCAGUGGGCAGUGGGCAGGGCAGUGGGCAGUGGGCAGGGCAGUGGGCAGUGGGCAGGGCAGUGGGCAGUGGGCAGGGCAGUGGGCAGUGGGCAGGGCAGUGGGCAGUGGGCAGGGCAGUGGGCAGUGGGCAGGGCAGUGGGCAGUGGGCAGGGCAGUGGGCAGGGCAGUGGGCAGUGGGCAGGGCAGUGGGCAGUGGGCAGGGCAGUGGGCAGUGGGCAGGGCAGUGGGCAGGGCAGUGGGCAGUGCAGUGGGCAGGGCAGUGGGCAGUGCAGUGGGCAGGGCAGUGGGCAGGGCAGUGGGCAGUGGGCAGGGCAGUGGGCAGGGCAGUGGGCAGGGGCAGGGCAGUGGGCAGGGCAGUGGGCAGUGGGCAGGGCAGUGGGCAGUGGGCAGGGCAGUGGGCAGGGCAGUGGGCAGUGGGCAGUGGGCAGGGCAGUGGGCAGUGGGCAGUGGCAGUGGGCAGGGCAGUGGGCAGUGGGCAGGGCAGUGGGCAGUGGGCAGGGCAGUGGGCAGUGCAGUGGGCAGGGCAGUGGGCAGGGCAGUGGGCAGUGCAGUGGGCAGGGCAGUGGGCAGGGCAGUGGGCAGUGGGCAGGGCAGUGGGCAGUGGGCAGUGGGCAGGGCAGUGGGCAGGGCAGUGGGCAGUGGGCAGGGCAGUGGGCAGUGGGCAGGGCAGUGGGCAGUGGGCAGGGCAGUGGGCAGUGGGCAGGGCAGUGGGCAGUGCAGUGGGCAGGGCAGUGGGCAGGGCAGUGGGCAGUGCAGUGGGCAGGGCAGUGGGCAGGGCAGUGGGCAGUGCAGUGGGCAGGCAGUGGCAGGGCAGUGGGCAGGGCAGUGGGCAGGGCAGUGGCAGGGCAGUGGGCAGUGCAGUGGGCAGGGCAGUGGGCAGGGCAGUGGGCAGGGCAGUGGGCAGGGCAGUGGGCAGGGCAGUGGGCAGGGCAGUGGGCAGGGCAGUGGGCAGGGCAGUGGGCAGGGCAGUGGGCAGGGCAGUGGGCAGGGCAGUGGGCAGGGCAGUGGGCAGGGCAGUGGGCAGGGCAGUGGGCAGGGCAGUGGGCAGUGCAGUGGGCAGGGCAGUGGGCAGGGCAGGCAGUGGGCAGGGCAGUGGGCAGGGCAGUGGGCAGUGCAGUGGGCAGGGGCAGUGGGCAGGGCAGUGGGCAGGGCAGUGGGCAGGGCAGUGGGCAGGGCAGUGGGCAGUGCAGUGGGCAGGGCAGUGGACAGGGCAGUGGGCAGGGCAGUGGGCAGUGCAGUGGGCAGGGCAGUGGGCAGGGCAGUGGGCAGGGCAGUGGGCAGGGCAGUGGGCAGUGCAGUGGGCAGGGCAGUGGGCAGGGCAGUGGGCAGGGCAGUGGGCAGGGCAGUGGGCAGGGCAGUGGGCAGGGCAGUGGGCAGGGCAGUGGGCAGGGCAGUGGGCAGGGCAGUGGGCAGGGCAGUGGGCAGGGCAGUGGGCAGGGCAGUGGGCAGGGCAGUGGGCAGUGCAUUAA